AUGACGCUGUGCGUGCUUGUGAUGGCUCUGAUCGGCAUCUCGCUCACUCGCAAGCCGACCGAUAAUCAGUGUGCCAGGCAGCUUUCAAUGUGGUGUAAAUCUCUUGGAGAUUUGGAGGCUUUCAAACACGCUAGGCUGACAUUCCUUUCAGCACCCGCACUGGAAGCGGUUGAAUAUGUCACCUUUGACUUUGAUAAUGCUUUCAAUUCGACAAGCAAGUACCGCGGGCCACCGACGCCCGAGGUCGAGGAGGUUUGGUUCAAUCUGACGUACAAGCAUGCGGUGGAAAUACCCGAGGAUAAAAUCGCAGGCCUCAACCGCUCCGAGAAGGACCACCUAGCCCACGUCCCUGCUGACGUGGGGACGGGUUACGUUGCGCUCCUCGAAGUCUUUUAUCAGCUAUAUUGCCUGAACAUGAUCCGUAUGUUCACCUGGUGGCAGGCUGGCAAAUACCCCGGGGUUCCCUCGGGACUGUACGAGGCGCCCGAGGACGUUUUCAGGAACCGGAUGCACAUCGACCACUGCCUCGAAUCCCUGCGUAUUGCGCUCAUGUGCUGGGGCGAUGUGACGCCCUUACUGGUCCGUCUCGAUAGACAAGGUUACGAUGGCCGUAAAACAGACUUUAACACGCACCACAAAUGCCGCAAUUGGGAUAAGAUCGAGUCGUGGAUGGACGAGAACUGGACGGUCUAUAACUUGUAUGCACAUUCACCUGCCAUACCAUUUCGAAACACGCUGAGCAACCUCGGAUAUUUAGGUCAUAUCAUUUUGGCUGGCUGGAUAGCUUACGACGGCGUCAUAUUCUGGAAAAGACAGACGAACUUUAACCAAAAAUAUGCUACUAUCCAAGAUAUAGACAACGUAGGAUCGUAUUCUUCCGUUAAUCCGCCGCUAAAGCAGCCUAGCCAUCACUGGGGCUAUGGCCGAAUUAUGCUAGGUUUCGCUUGGCAGGUGAUGCUCUGUACCGCCAUAUUCUUGGCCGGCUCCGUCAUCACGGCCGCGAUAUUACCACGACAGCAUUAA